GUGCUCGGUGCCCUGCGAAGCCUUGCACUUGAACUCUCAUGGGAACUUGGAAACAAACUUGUAACCUCCUCAUCCGCCUCAGCAAACAAGCAUCAAUCUCGUCGACCGGCGUAUCCACGCAUCAUCGACGACCACCGGCCGCCUUCUCCGGGUUUCCCGCAGGGACGUACGACCGCCUCGGCUUGAUUGUUCGCGCGACAUGGAGGGGGUAACGGCCAGCUUCAACCCCUGGACGCUGCUCGACAGUAACGACCCCGGCGACCGCAUCGGCGAACCCGCUGCACCUGCCUGGGUGUCCAACAAAGCCAUGAACUCGUCUACGCCGGCAAAGAAGAAGAAGAAGAAGAAGAAGAAGCCGGCCGCGUCUGGCGAUCCAGCUAACGGGAAAGCAGGCCCCGUCGGAAAGCAGAACGGCGCGGCGAAGGCGAACAAGAACGGCGUCUCCGGCGACGGCAAGAACCAGAGCACGGCGGUGCAGAGAGGCUACCACAACGAAGGUUACGGGGCGCCGAUGAAGGAGCAGCAACGGGUACGGGCGUUGGACGAGGUGGAGGUCCCGGUGGUGGAAGAGCCGCUGGACAUCGCUGAUCAGAACGACCUGGCUUGGGUGUGGGAAGAUAUUCUCUUUUUACGCGAAGACAUUCUCCUUUUAGCAGAGAGCAUUAUCCUUCUAGUAGAAUACAUUCUACUUAAAGUCGGAAUUAUAUAUAUUGUGUAAGUAUUGCUGAAGUUCACAUGUUGUAAAUGGUACGUGUGUUGAUCUUAGGCUAGUCUUGAGAUACACUUCGGGGAUACUAGA